AUUUUAAGCUAUGUCUUUGGCAUGAAAUUAUAAUCUUCACGAGUACAUGCCUCUCUAAGCUACAGGUGGUGGACAUUCUUUUUUUUUUCCCUCCCAGCUCCUUUGGUACAUAAUCUUUACAUUACUCCAUCGUUUCCCGAGUAUCUUCAUUUUCUAUUCACUUCACAACAAUAUGAGAUUAUCCACUGGGCUGGCCGCUGCAGCCUUUCUGCUGCACGGCGUACUAGCGAUCUCUCCGGCGCAGGUUCAGCAUGAUCUUGGUGGUUGUCUUUCCAACACAACCACCAUUUUCGAUGCCAGUAGCACUGAGUAUGCGAAUGCGACGCAUAGAUGGGACACACUAGCUUCACCAAAGACACAAGUUAUUAUAGAAGUUGGAGAGGAAUCCGACGUGGCCAAAAUCGUGAAAUAUUGUAACAAGAAGGGCAUAAACUUUCUGGCAUAUAAUACUGGCCAUGGAUCUACUGUGACGCUGAGCAGAUUCGAUGGCAUUCAGAUCAAUCUUGUUAACCUCAAUCAAGUCACCAUCCAACCAGACGGCAACUCAGUUUGGGUACAAGGUGGCGUGCGCUCCGGGCCGGUCAACAGAUUCCUCUGGGAUAAGGGAUAUGUAACAGCCACAGGUGCCUGUGACUGCGUUGGUUUGGUUGGAGCCGCGCUCGGUGGCGGCCGUGGUCGUCUCCAAGGGCAAUUUGGGAUGGUAUCUGACUCUGUUCGCCAGCUCAACGUCGUGCUGGCCGAUGGGUCUCAGAUCCGUGUUAACGCAUCGAGUCAUUCUGACCUUUUCUGGGCGAUGCGAGGUGCCGGUCACAACUUCGGCAUUGUUACCAGCAUGGAAGUGAGCAUUCAUCCACGUGGGCCAUCGACUUGGCACUACAAAAAUUAUCUUUGGACCAGCGACUAUCUCAAACAAGUUUUUACCGCUAUCAACACUCUGCACGCGACGCUUAAGAAUGGCACCGACACUACGCCAAUCAACCUGGGCAACGAGAAUGGACUGUUUCUCUACCAAUCGUCUGUUGAUGCCAAGAGGCCUCUCAUCUCUUGGCAGUUUUCCUACCGUGGAUCUGCUGCCGAUGCUGCCAAGGUUUUGGCGCCCUUUGAUGCCAUCCCUGCCGUGAGCACUGAUUCCGGUGAUGUGCCAUAUCCAGAAGUUGCGCACGCACAAAAUGUUGGCGAGGACGACAUUGCCUGCAGCAGCAGCUUAGCGAGACUCAUCACGACCGCAGGAUUGAGCACCUACAACCUGACAGCGGAGCAACUUAUCAUGGAUUCAUUUACUAAACGGAUUGCUGAGGCCCCGCAGCUAGCACCCUUGACGUUUAUUAUUCAUGAAGGGUACCCAUCACAGGCUGUAACCGACAAGAACCCUGCUGACUCUGCUUUCCCUUUCCGCGCCGAUUUUCAUCUCACGCAAUUUCAGGGUAACUUGGCCGCCAACGCAAGCAUUCAAGAUCAGCAACUCAUGUUACAAUGGUCCAAUGAGGUUGUUAAUAUCUGGAAUGCAGGCGAACCUGGCCGUCUUCCCGAUGCUUAUGUCAACUACGCCAGCGGCAACGAGCCCGUAGAGCAAUGGUACGGCCAUGAGACUUGGCGUAUUGAUAGGCUACGUGGCUUGAAGGCAAAAUACGAUCCCACGAAUCAGUUCCGGUUCUAUAACCCUAUCAUCUAAUUUUCGUAUAAUCCUUUCUAUAGAUGUACAUUACACGUUGUUCUCCUGAUUAGUUUUCAGGUUCAGAGGAUUUAUUUUAUUCUAUAAACUCACCUUUUCUAAAUAAUUGAGAGAUUAUAACCAG